AACUGGCAUGACAAGGAAUCUGAUUUCCCAACUGCCGCCUCCGAGCUCUGGGCACGGCAGUGGGAGGCCAAUGGCCUGUGUCUCUUUCCACAGUGGUCCUUUGCUGUUGCGACUAUCACAGAGAUCCCCCCUGUCAUCUUCCUCCCCAACUUCCUUGUGCAGAGGAAGGUGCUGAAGCCCCUCCGGACCCAGACGGGAGGAACCAUCAUGGCAGGGAAGCUGGCCAUGGAGCGAGGCUGGGCCAUCAAUGUGGGUGGCGGCUUCCACCACUGCUCCAGUGACCGGGGCGGCGGCUUCUGCGCCUAUGCGGACAUCACACUGGCCAUCAAGUUUCUGUUUGAGCGAGUGGAAGGCAUCUCCAGAGCCACCAUCGUCGAUCUCGAUGCCCAUCAGGGCAAUGGGCACGAACGGGACUUCAUGGGUGACAAGCGCGUGUACAUCAUGGACGUCUACAACCGCCACAUCUACCCCGGGGACCGCUUUGCCAAGCAGGCCAUCAGGCGGAAGGUGGAGCUGGAGUGGGGCACGGAGGACGAUGAGUACCUGGAUAAAGUGGGGCGGAACCUCCAGAAGGCCCUCCAGGAGCACCCACCCGACGUGGUGGUGUACAACGCAGGGACCGACAUCCUGGAAGGGGACCGCCUUGGGGGGCUGUCCAUCAGCCCACAGGGCAUCGUGAAGCGGGACGAACUGGUGUUUCGGGUGGUCCGUGGCCGCCAGGUGCCCAUCCUCAUGGUGACCUCGGGAGGAUACCAGAAGCGCACGGCCCGCAUCAUUGCUGACUCCAUCCUUAAUUUGUACAGCCUCGGGCUCAUCGGGUCCGAGUGCCCCAGCGUCUCGGCACAGAACUCGGACACACCUCUGCUGCCGCCUGAGGUGUCCUGACCACGCCGCUGCCCUUCUGCUCUUCUGCACGGCCCCCCGCCUGCCUCGGCCCCGCCCGCCCCUCACUGCUUCUCCUUUUCUAACCACAGGGGCGGCGGGGGGCGCAGCUGCCAGGAGGCGCUCUCCCCAUUGGGUGUCAGGGGGUCUCCAGGUCCCUCUGUGGGUGGGGGCGGAAGGCAGGGCCUGAGUCCCAGAAGACCUCACAUGGGGUCACCGUCUGAUCAGGCCCUGCAGAGGCAGGCAGUUUCGCAAGGAGGGAGGACGGCAGGUGAGGCUUUGGGGGCACAAGUCAUGGGAUUUGUUCCACCCUCUCCUCCUGAUGUCAGGGAGGGCCCGAGGGGCCGUGGGUGCCCAUGUGGGUGGGGCUGAGAGCUGGGUGCUGCAGGUAAGCCUCUGCUGGGGUGGGCUCUGGAUUCCCAGCCAGCAGGCAGGAGCCCUGGUCCUGGAUGUGAGGGGUGGCAGGGAAGGGGUGCGAGUGGGUUUUCCCAUCUGGUAUUCCCCUUCAAUAAAGCAAGGUCUGGACCUGCUUUCCUGAGGCUCCUCGGUGGCGAUAAGGGGAGGGGAAGGCCUGAGGAGCCCCCAGUCCAUGCUUCAGCCAUGGUCUUGCCUGUUAUGGAGAGUAGUAGGUUUUGGCGGAAGAACGCUUGGCUCAGUGAUGGGCCUCAGCACUGGAGGCUUGAGGGGGCCGCCAACCCCAGUGGGGAGGGGACAGAGGAAGGUGAGGCCCAGAAGGGGACCUUGGGGAUGGGGGCAGGUGGCCAAGCUGGGACCUGAGGCCCCAAGUAAGGACCGAGGUGCUGGUGGCCAGGCUGGAGUUCCUGGAGGGAGGGCAGAGGUAGGUUGUAUGGGUAGGAUCUAGGGUAGGGCCUUGAGUUAGGGGAACUGUAGCCUCCACUGGCCUCACCCAAAGUGCCCAGGCCCUGAUUGUGCUUGGAGUCCAAGGUCCCAAGUGGGCCCUGACCUCUGGUCUUUGAAAUGCCCCAGACCCUGACCUUGUCCUCAGCUCUAAUCUGAAGGGGACUUCCGGGGCCCCCCAGGAGGCUGGGUGGGGGGGAGCAUCCACCCCUCAUUCCCUGGAUGUGUCUUAGACAGUGAUCACAGGUGGGGGGGGUGGGGAGGGAAAGUGGGCCAGCUGAGGCAUCCCCGCCCCCAAUCAACCCCACCUGGAGGACUCAUGUUCAUUACCAUAUGGGGGUACUCUCACAUUCUCCCACAUUCUCCCUUGGUGCUCCCUCUGCUGGGGGGGCGGGAGGAAGUGUUUCAGAAUCAUGAACUAUCAAAAAGACUGACCUCCUGGGCUAGACCUCGAGGCACUAACCACACCCUUGGACUCCCUCACCUGCCCCCCGCCCUUGCCGUUGGUUUCUCUGCACCUGACUGAAGGUACCUAACAUCCCCUCAUUUCCACCUGGGGCCUGUGACCUCUGGGGGCAGGCAGUGGGCUCGCUUCAUCACUGUUGAGCUUUUUGUUAAGAACCAUAAAGGCUCUUCUUGAUUGGA